GUCGUUCUGCAACCAUCCCCGGAUACAUAUAAGAACGCAACCCCUCACUCAACCCCGCUGCUGAACAAUCAUUCAUCACAAUCCACAAUUCUCACAAUGGGUGUCACAGAAAUCACCAACUUCAAACAAUACAUGGAUGCUCUGGAAGCAACGACCGACGAGGUCGGCGACUCCAAGAACCCUCUAAUGAUCAUCGACUGCUACGCCACCUGGUGUCCUCCAUGCAGAGCCAUCGCUCCCAAAUUCGAAGAGUACAGCGACAAAUACAGCCAGGCCGCUUUCUACAAGGUCAACGUUGACGAGGUCGAGAAAGUCGCUAUGGAAUUGGGUGUUCGCAGCAUGCCGACGUUUAUCUACUUUCAGGACGGAAUCAAGGUCGAAGAGGUUGUUGGCGCUGCACCACAGAGGAUUGAGGAGACGAUUGUGAAGUUUCUUGAAUGAUUUAAAUGACUGAAGAUAUCACGAAUUAAGAUGCAUCUUUCCAUUUGACAUGACAUUUAUCCGCCCCCUGUAGACCACAGAGAAUGUAAACAGAGCAAACAAGCCAAACCAAUCAAACACUCUCUGC